AUGUUAAAACAAAGAAUUGAAGAUGUUUUAUAUGAAACCAAUUGUAUUUUAUUACCAAUUGAAGGUUAUCAAAAUGAACCUUUAGUAUCGUUAGAAGAAGCGGUUGUGCCUCUUUUUACAAUUUUCGAUAAAAAAAUUCUUGAGAAGAAUGUAUGGAUUGCGAAAAACCGUUGUGAAAGUCCUGCUGAUGGUUUAACACAAGACGAGUCAGCCUCAAUUAUGAUGUAUACAUUUGAAUGGAAUAACGCUGAACAUAGUCUUUAUUUCAUUCUUAAUCAAACUUUACGAAUGGAAGAUCGACAAAAACUCAGGCCAUGGUUUUUAUACUUAAAAUUAUUUAUUACUGCAUUAUGUCGACUUCCUUCUAUAAAUGAUACAUUUUGUCGAGGUGUCAAAGCUAAUUUAAUAGAUCGAUAUACACCGAAUAGUAAUUCAAUUUGGUGGGGUGUUAGUUCAUGUACAAGUAAUAUUGAUGUUCUUCAAUCAGAACAAUUCUGUGGUAAGACAGGUCCACGAACACUUUUCAUGAUUAAAUGUCGUAAUGCUCGAUCUAUCAAAAACCAUUCUUAUUAUGCUACAGAAAAUGAAAUUAUAUUAUUACCAGGUAGCUAUUUUCAAGUAAUUGGCCAACUCCCAUCUUCUGAUGGAUUUGUCAUCAUCCAACUUGCAGAAAAGAAACCACCUCAUGACUUAUUUCCACUUCCUGUAAUCAACCAAUGGUGUCGGAUGGAACCCGGGAUGUGCCUUGAAGGAAUGUGUGUCAAAAAAAACUGCGCCGGGUAUCAACAGCAAGUUAUGUGUUCCACUAGUUGA